AUGGCUGCCUCAACCCACGAAGAACAGGACGCUGCGCCGAACCCGACGAAGCGAUUACGAUGGGCCACCCAGAGGCUGCCAGGGAAGAAAGGGAACAAGAAACGGGGUUCGAUCUUGGGCCGUCUGGGACAUAAAGGAUCAACAGGUAGUGAGAAGAAGAGACAAUCUACAGGAGGAGAAUCAUUAGGCACAGAUUUGGGAGGCAUUCAAGAAGAGCCAGAACUCAGUGAAGCUGCUGAGGAGGAGAAGCCAGACGACCAAGAAGGCCAGGGUCCAAGGACACUUUACUUCAACAUCCCUUUACCUCGAGAAGCUGUCGAUGAUGAGGGACGUCCUUCACAGCAUUUCAGGAGAAACAAGAUCAGGACAGCCAAGUAUACACCGAUCAGCUUCAUCCCGAAGAACUUAAUGUUUCAAUUCCAGAAUGUUGCCAAUGUGUACUUCUUGUUCUUAAUUAUUCUGGCUUUCUUCAGCAUUUUUGGUGCUUCGAAUCCAGGCCUCAACGCUGUUCCUUUGAUUGUUAUUGUCUUCAUAACGGCGGUGAAGGAUGCGGUGGAAGAUUACAGGCGGACAGUUCUUGACAACGAAUUGAACAAUUCCCCUGUACACAGAUUGAUCGACUGGAACAAUGUUAAUGUUAGCGACGAUGAUAUUUCAAUCUGGAGAAGAUUUAAGAAAGCGACGACUCGAGGACUGGUGGGCAUCUGGCGCAAAAUGAAGAAGACAAAACAAUCGCCUGGGAAAGAGAAACCCUCAGCCGCAUUGGACCGUCCUAGGGAGUCUUACGAAAGCAGGGACACGAGAAGACAAUCUGCGCUCACGGGCAAUACCCGGGAAUCAUUCGCUUCCGCUCGAGAAGAGAUCCAAAUGACACCCGUUCCCUCGCCAUUACCACGCGAAGAAAGCCUACAGAUCCCAGAGCCCCAUGUGCGUCCAGGUAGCGCCUUUUCCUAUGAGGACGGGCAUCGUUCCCCAGCCGUGAAGAAUUUUGGUAGUUUGAUCAACCCUGCCAGGACUGCCACUGGAAAGUCCAGAUUCCAUCUCGACUAUUGGAAGAAUGUAAAAGUGGGCGACUUUGUCCGACUUUACAAUGAUGACCAGAUUCCAGCUGAUGUGGUUAUCCUAUCAACGUCUGACCCUGAUGGCGCUUGUUAUGUCGAGACGAAGAACUUGGAUGGAGAGACAAACUUGAAGGUCCGACAUGCCCUUCGAAGUGGGCGUGAUAUCAAACAUGCCCGCGAUUGCGAAAAGACCGAGUUCACAAUUGACAGCGAGCCUCCUCAAGCAAAUCUCUAUCAAUACAGUGCUGUUGCGCGCUGGACACAAAGAAGUUCUCCGGAUGCAGAGGGAGAGGAAAUGGCAGAGCCUGUUUCUAUCAACAACAUGCUUCUCCGAGGAUGCAAUCUGCGCAAUACUGAUUGGGUGCUUGGUGUCGUGGUCUUUACCGGAUUUGAUACCAAGAUCAUGAUCAACUCUGGAAUCACACCUAGCAAGCGUUCCCGCAUUUCACGAGAGCUUAACUGGAAUGUCAUCUAUAACUUCGUUAUCUUGCUCCUCAUGUGUCUGGCUUCUGGACUAUACCAAGGCAUUUAUUGGGGUCAGGGAGGAAACUCGAUCCAAUUUUUCGAGUACGGCUCGAUUGGUGGCAAACCAUCCUUGGACGGGUUCAUUACAUUCUGGGCUGCCAUCAUUCUGUUCCAGAAUUUGGUCCCAAUUUCCUUGUACAUUUCAUUGGAAAUCAUCAAAACUUGCCAGGCGUUCUUCAUCUACAGCGACACCGACAUGUACUACGAUAAGAUCGACUAUCCUUGUACCCCUAAAUCCUGGAAUAUUUCGGAUGACCUGGGACAAAUCGAAUACAUCUUCUCCGAUAAAACGGGUACUCUUACUCAGAACGUGAUGGAGUUCAAGAAGGCAACGAUCAAUGGCGUUCCGUACGGAGAGGCCUAUACGGAAGCUCAAGCUGGCAUGCAAAAGAGACAAGGCAUCGACGUUGAAAAGGAGGGCGCGCGAGCACGCGAGGAAAUUGCACGAGCCCGGGUGAAGAUGAUCGAAGAUAUUAGAAAGCUCCACGACAACCCGUACCUUCACGACGACGAUUUGACUUUUGUUGCGCCGGACUUCAUUUCCGAUAUGGCCGGUCAAUCAGGUCCGGAACAACAGCAUGCUAACGAGCAGUUUAUGCUAGCACUGGCUCUCUGCCACACAGUCAUUGCUGAGACGACUCCUGGCGAUCCACCUAAGAUUGAGUUCAAGGCACAGUCUCCUGACGAGGCUGCAUUGGUUGCUACUGCUCGAGAUGUUGGCUUCACCGUAUUGGGCAACUCAACUGAUGGAAUCCGUUUGAACAUCCAGGGUGAAGAUCGAUCUUUCAAGGUUCUAAAUACGCUCGAAUUCAACUCUACUCGGAAGCGUAUGAGUGCUAUUAUCAGGAUGCCUGACAACAGGAUCAUUCUGUACUGCAAAGGUGCAGAUAGUAUGAUCUACUCGAGACUGAAGCGAGGAGAGCAAUCCGAGCUACGAAGAACAACAGCUGAGCACCUCGAGAUGUUUGCACGCGAAGGACUUCGAACUCUCUGUAUCGCACAGAGGGAGCUCGGUGAGGAGGAAUACCAAAAGUGGAAUAAAGAGCACGAAAUUGCUUCUGCUGCUAUUCAGGACCGCGAGGAUAAGCUCGAAGCAGUCUCUGACGUGAUCGAGCGUGACCUAACUCUUCUUGGAGGUACUGCUAUCGAAGAUCGUCUUCAAGAGGGUGUUCCUGACACUAUUGCUCUUCUCGCUGAGGCGGGUAUUAAGCUUUGGGUUUUGACUGGAGACAAGGUUGAGACUGCUAUCAACAUCGGCUUCUCUUGUAACUUGCUCAAUAACGACAUGGAACUCAUUGUCUUUAAGAUUGAGGACGAAACAACUGCAAGCGCCGAAAUUGAACUCGACAAGCACCUCGCCACAUUCAACAUGACAGGAUCGGAUGCAGAGCUGAAGGCCGCACGAAAGAACCAUGAACCGCCUGCGCCUACUCAUGCAAUCGUUAUCGACGGAGAUUCUCUCAAGCUUGUUCUCGAUCCAGAGAUCCGCCAAAAGUUUCUGUUACUUUGCAAGCAGUGCAAGUCUGUUCUCUGCUGUCGUGUCAGUCCUGCCCAGAAGGCUGCCGUCGUUGCUAUGGUUAAGAGUGGUCUGGAUGUUAUGACCCUGUCUAUUGGUGACGGUGCAAAUGAUGUGGCAAUGAUUCAGGAGGCUGAUGUCGGUGUUGGUAUUGCUGGAGAGGAAGGUCGACAAGCUGUUAUGUCUGCUGAUUACGCUAUUGGACAGUUCCGCUUCCUGCAGCGACUGGUGCUCGUACAUGGACGCUGGUCUUAUCGAAGACUGGCGGAAACUAUUGCCAAUUUCUUCUACAAGAAUAUUGUCUGGACGCUCACUAUUUUCUGGUACCAGAUUUACUGCAGUUUCGACCAAACCUAUCUCUACGACUACACCUACAUUCUGCUGUUCAACUUGGCCUUCACGUCUCUUCCUGUCAUCUUCAUGGGUGUGUUAGAUCAGGAUGUCAGCGACAAAGUGUCCCUUGCUGUUCCACAACUGUAUCGCCGAGGUAUCGAGCGACUCGAAUGGACUCAACAGAAGUUCUGGUUGUACAUGAUUGAUGGACUUUACCAAUCCUUGAUCUUGUUCUAUAUGGCUUACUUGGCCUUCCGCCCAGGAAAUUUCGUCACUCACAAUGGCUUGAACAUUGACGACCGGGAGCGUUUCGGCGUGUACAUUGCUCCAGCAGCCAUCUUUGUCAUCAAUACCUACAUUCUGCUCAACACCUACCGAUGGGAUUGGCUCAUGUUGCUGCUUGUCAUUAUCAGUAGUCUGCUUGUCUGGUUCUGGACUGGUGUCUAUUCAGCCUUCAAGUCUUCCGACUACUUCUAUAAGGCUGCUACAGAGGUUUUCGCUCAGCCUACCUUCUGGGCAGUAACAUGUUUGUCGAUUGUCUUAUCUCUGGCACCUCGAUUCUUCGUCAAGGCUAUUCAGAAGAUAUACUUUCCAUAUGAUGUCGACAUCAUUCGUGAGCAAGUUCGUCAAGGCAAAUUCGAGCACCUCGACAAGCCUGCGCAAGCCACUACCGAAGAUACAAUCUCAAAUGGGUCAAGUUCAACAUCAUACGAAAUCGCAAAGCCGAUUGCUCCAACAGCUACCACACACAACCCUCGAAGCCAAAAUGGCAGCGACGGAACAGACUUCACUCGGCAUCGACCUUCCGUCGACCAACCGCCGUACAGCCGUCCAUCAAUGGACAGAGCAAGGCCAUCCUACGAUAGAAUACGUGCCUCAAUGGACCGUAUACGACCAAGUUAUGAGCAGAGCAAUGACUUUACAUCUGCGGCUCUGUUGACUCGUCUUGAGUCAAGUCACUCUUUCGGUCCAGUGCAAAGUAGGAGAAAUGAUAAUCGCGAUUAA